ACACUGCGACUGUCAAAAGCGAUAAAAAAAAGUUGUCUGCUCGGCAUUAAAAUUAAUUUGUAGCGCUGCUAAAUAUUUUCUAGCAUAUCGAAAAUAUGAUACGUGCACCGCUUGUGAAGGCGCUGGGCGCCCUCGGCUCACCCACACACCAAAUCGCCAGCCGAGCGGUCCGCACCAGCGCGAUCAUGGCCCAAACGCCGGCCAAGGCGCCCGAGAAGAUCGAAGUCUUUGUCGAUGAUAUACCCGUUAUGGUUCUGCCGGGCACCACAGUGCUCCAGGCUGCGGCCGAGGUGGGCGUCGAGAUUCCGAGAUUCUGCUACCACGAGCGCUUGGCCGUGGCUGGCAAUUGCCGCAUGUGCCUGGUGGAGGUGGAGAAGAGCCCCAAGCCUGUUGCCGCCUGCGCCAUGCCCGUGAUGAAGGGCUGGCGCAUCAAGACGAAUUCCGAUUUGACCCGCAAGGCGCGCGAGGGCGUCAUGGAGUUUCUGCUCAUGAAUCAUCCGCUUGACUGUCCCAUUUGCGAUCAGGGCGGCGAGUGUGAUCUGCAGGAUCAGGCCAUGGCCUUUGGCUCCGAUCGUUCACGCUUCACGGACAUCAACUACACGGGCAAGCGUGCUGUGGAGGACAAGGACAUUGGGCCGCUGGUCAAGACAGUGAUGACGCGCUGCAUUCACUGCACACGCUGUGUGCGCUUCGCCUCCGAAAUUGCUGGCGUCGAUGAUUUGGGCACCACGGGACGCGGCAAUGAUAUGCAAAUUGGCACCUACGUGGAGAAGCUCUUCCUUACCGAGCUGUCGGGCAAUGUAAUCGAUCUGUGCCCCGUUGGCGCGCUCACCAACAAACCGUACAGCUUUGUGGCACGCCCCUGGGAGAUACGCAAGGUGGACAGCAUCGAUGUGCUCGACGCCGUCGGCAGCAACAUUGUGGUAAGCACACGCACCAACGAGGUGCUGCGCAUUCUGCCACGCGAGAACGAGGACGUCAACGAGGAGUGGCUGGCGGACAAGUCGCGCUUCGCUUGCGAUGGCCUGAAGCGCCAGCGCCUGGUCGCGCCCAUGGUGCGCAUGCCCAACGGCGAGCUGCAGGCCGUCGAAUGGGAGGGCGCGCUCAUCAGCGUCGCCAAAGCGCUGAAGAAGGCCAACGGCCAAAUAGCUGGCGUUGCGGGCCAGCUUGCCGAUGUGGAGGCCAUGGUGGCGCUCAAGGAUCUGGUCAAUCGGCUGGACGGCAACCAACUGGUCACCGAACAGGACUUCAUCAAGGGCAGCGGCAUCGAUGUGCGCUCCAGCUAUCUGCUCAACAGCACCAUUGCAGGUCUGGAACAGGCCGAUGCUGUGCUGCUGGUGGGCACCAAUCCGCGCUACGAGGCGCCGCUGGUCAAUACGCGCCUGCGCAAGGCCUACGUUCACAACGAGCUGCAGAUUGCCUCGAUUGGGCCCAAAAUUGAUCUGUCCUAUCAGCACGACAAUUUGGGCUCGGACGCCAGCCUAAUCAAGGACGUGUGCAGCGGCUCGCAUGCCUUCUCCAAGGUGCUCGAGGGCGCCAAGAAGCCGGCCAUCAUCAUUGGUGUCGAUGUCCUGGAGCGACCCGAUGGCGCUGCCAUUCAUGCCACCAUCUCCGAGUACUGUCAGAAGCUCAAGAAGCCUGACUGGAAUCCCUUCAAUGUGCUGCACAACAGCGCCGCGCAGGUGGGCGCCUUCGAUGUGGGCUACCAGCCGGGCGUGCAGCGCGCAUUACAGUCGCAGCCCAAGGUGCUGUUCCUGCUGAACGCCGAUGCCGGCAAGAUAACGCGCGAGCAGCUGCCGAAGGACUGUUUCGUUGUGUAUAUUGGUUCGCAUGGCGACAAUGGUGCGUCCAUUGCGGACGCUGUGCUGCCCGGCGCCGCGUACACCGAGAAGCAGGCGACCUAUGUCAACACGGAGGGCAGGUCACAGCAGACACAUCCGGGCGUCUCGCCGCCGGGCAUGGCACGCGAAGAUUGGAAAAUAUUGCGCGCUCUGUCCGAAGUGGUGGGCACACCCUUGCCCUACGACACGCUCGACGAGCUGCGCUCGCGUCUCGACAGCAUUGCGCCACAUCUAACGCGUUACGGCCAACUGCAGCCGGCGGGCGGCAGCGAAGCAGGCGCACCGGCCACACCCAGCAAAUCGAUCAGCGGCACGCCCAUCGAUGUGAAGCAAAAGGAACUGCGCGACUAUUUCAUGACCGAUGCCAUAUCGCGCGCCUCGCCCACCAUGGCCAAGUGCAUAUCGGCGGUCAACAAGCAGCAGCGCCAGGACGAGGCGGCCAAGCAGUGUGCGGCCAUCUAAGCGACCCAAUUCUGAUCUGAUACUGGCCUGUAGCACAUAAAUCUUAAAUAAUUAAUGCUGUUUUUUUUUUGUCUAAAUGCUUAUGCAAACACUUUUUGCUGUAUACUCAAAUCCUGGCCAGCGGCGAGCAGCGGGAGGCGAAUGCAAAACAAGAAUGAAAGAAAAAGAAAAUGUAAUUAAAACAAUUGUGCAGAGGGCGGAGCGGGUGCGCGCUUGGUAAAUGUCAUUGAGUCUGUUGAAAAGAAGCUAAACAAUACGCAAAUAGGAAAAGGAAUCCAAAAUAAACGUGAAAUAUAGUUAAAUGCGCGAUAUAUAUAUUGUAUGCACAUA